AUUGCAAUUGGAUGUUGAGUUUUGUGGUGGGACUGCUGCUCAAUGCCAGCGUUGAAUCGAAACGAAGGGGCAGGGGUCAUACAGUGCAGCUAGUCCGGAACUCGAAUCGCGAGGAUUCGCUGAAAACUCUGCAAUUCGAGACGACAGCUCUUCAGUCCAAAUUUAGACUGAGAGUGUCCAGAACAAAAGCAAACGUAACUGCGCAAAGUGAGCCACAACUGCCGCUCGGCAAUGCCUACAAUACGGAAUACUAUGGUGAGAUUCAAAUCGGCAGCUCGCAGAAAUUCAAGGUACUCUUCGACACGGCCUCCUCGAAUCUGUGGGUGCCCUCGAUACAGUGUCCGCCAGAUAAUUGCACACGUCUGCAUCGCUACAAUUCGAGUCUCUCCAGCAGUCAUGUGGCCAAUGGGAAACCGUUUCAAAUACAAUACGCGACCAGGAAUAAUCAGCCGACAAUUCUUAAGGGCUUCCUCUCCGCGGACAAUGUAACACUGGCUGGCCUAAGCAUUAAGAGACAAACUUUUGCGGAGAUCACUUCACUACCGCCGGGCAUCUUUAGUCGCGCCAAUUUCGAUGGCAUCUUUGGGCUGGGCCUUAAGGAGAUCGCCAUUGAUGGCAUCGUACCGCCUAUAUAUAAUCUCUUUCAACAGGGCCUCAUCUCGCAGCCAACAUUCUCGAUUUACCUCAAUCGCACUAAUACGGGUGUUGUUGACUCAAAUGGCGGCAAACUGAUACUGGGACCAAGUGAUCAAACCUUGUACAGUGGCUGCAUGACGUAUGUGCCCCUCUCCAAGAUUGGCUAUUGGCAAUUAACCGUUGGCAGCAUUGUCAUGGGCAAUGAUAAGGAACUCUGCUCGAAAUGCGAGGCAAUUGUGGAUUCGGGCACCUCGUUGAUUGUGGCACCUCGAGCUGCUUUGAAGAGUAUAAACACAAUACUUGGACUGACGGAGAAUGACAAACGGGAUGGUGUCUACACAGUGGCCUGCUCCAGAAUUUCCAGCCUGCCCAAAAUCACUUUGAACAUUGGACGACGUGACUUUGUACUCAGCCCAGCAGACUAUGUGAUUCAGUAUAAGAAUGUGUGUGUUUCCGGCUUUACGAGCUUGGAGGGUUUGGGCAAGGAGUUGACAGAUGAACAGGGCACCGAGUAUGACAAUCUUUGGGUAUUGGGCCUUGUUUUCAUGGGUCCCUACUAUAUAGAGUUCGACAUUGAGUACAAGCGCAUCGGAUUAGCUUCAAAGAUGUAGAUGAUUAAAUA